CGUUCAUUGUCGAUAUCAUGUUCCACCUGUCUCGCUACUUCCACGGUCGUCUGGCAGGUUCCCAAGAAAAGGCAGCCACAAGAACACGCGCAAGACACGAGCGAUUUCUGAGCAAGAGGCAACACGACUGGAUUGGAUGCGACGACUUCGCCCUAAGCCCCAUAGACGUUACUAGGUCGGGCAAUUUCAAGUCGACCAUGGAGGCUCAGCAGGUGGCAUGUCGCAAUAUCUACUCUCUUCCUUGUAUCGUUGAAUAG